AUGGAGCGUGGAAGCAACUUCUUUCUCUAUGAUCAUCAGGCAAAAUCAAGCUCUGAUUCAAACCCUUUGCAGGAAGGGAACACUUCCACAAACAGUGAAGUUGCAAGUAACACAAACAACGAUGGUGCUAGAAUCGAGGAGCGACCAGCUGCACCUCGCAAUUUGGUUAUGCAGGAAGAGGAGCAGAGUAUGCCCAUUGCAAGUUUGAUGAGAAUCAUGCGGCGGAUUCUUCCGCCGCAUGCAAAAGUCUCCGAAGAGGCCAAGUUAGCAAUUCAAGGGUGCGUGUCUGAGUUCAUAAGCUUCAUCACCGGCGAGGCCAACGAGCGAUGCCAGCUCGAGCAUAGGAAAAUCGUUACAGCAGAAGAUGUACUGUGGGCAAUGGAGAGGCUAGGAUUUGAAGAAUAUCUCGAACCUCUUCGUUUUUAUCUCCUACGUUAUCGCCAUAAUGAGGUUGAAUGCUUGGGACAUCAUGGAGGACAUGUUCCUAUGCGGCGAAUCAAUGCAAAUUAUAGAAUGCCUCCACCUCCACCUCCACCACCACCUACACUAGCUUCUUAUGGGUCUAAUUUCACUGCCACUUCAAGUGGGUUAUACAAAGAUGGGUCGGGUGCUAGUGGCUCGGGCAGUGACCAACUUUGA